GUACAUUCAAAAAUAAUGUUUAGACAGGUUUGCUAAAAGGAUGGAUGUUGAGAUUUCAGCAUGGAAAUUACUGACGCUAACUGUGGGAAAAAUGAAGCUAAUUUCCCCCCAUCCUAAGUGGUGCUUUGUCUUCUGUGUCAAAAGCAGCUAAUCAAAGCCUACUUUGCAGUACAGCAUCACACACACUGAUUGCCCAGAGGCUUCUGCAGCCAAAGAGAGUUGCUAUGGGAAUCAAGAGGGCACUUGGAGACGGGAUCUGGGGCUUGGCUCUCUCCCGUCCAUGGCUGCUGCUGGAGUCACAGGAAUGAACAAAACGGAAAGGAGGUGGCAGAGAGGCACAAGGAAAUGCAUGCAUGUUAAGAGGAGGGACUGCUGUAGGUGGAGACACUGGAAUGGAGUAAAGCAAAGACACGAAUGCAUCCGGCAGUAGUGGCUCUGCUUGGCUUGGUUGGACCUGAUUCCUGCCGUAGAGUUAACCUAGCAGAACUACAGGAAAAGUCUUGACGGUAGCAAGUCUUCAAAAAGAUGGGAUCCAGCUCAUCUACAUACCGGCCCAAGUAUGUGUAUUUGGAUAUCGGUGGAAGAAUUCAGAAGGUGGCCUUCAGUAAAUACUGUAACUCAAGAGAUAUCAUGGAACUCUUCUGUAUUGCAACUGGUUUACCAAGGAAUACAACCAUUUCACUUUUCACAGUAGAUGACUGCAUGGUGUCCAUUGAUCCUACCAUGCCAGCAAACUCAGAAAGAACGCCAUACAAAGUAAUACCUGUGACCACUGGGCAACAAACAGAAAAAGAGGAACUGUUCCAGAAUUUGCUGGCGCAGGUGAUCGAGCAAUUCUCCAGGGUAUUUAAAAUUGAUGAACUGAAAACCGAUGUAGAUAAUCACUUGGCAAUGCUGGAAAAAAGAGUUGAAUUGGAAGGACUGAAAGUAGCGGAGAUUGAAAAGUGUAAGAGUGAUAUUAAAAAGAUGAGGGACGAAAUGGCAGCGAGAAGCACCAGGACCAACUGCCCCUGUAAAUACAGCUUCCUGGAUGAGAGCAAGAGGCUGGUGCCCCGAAGGGAUGUUCCAGCCUAUCCCAAGUACAUGCUUUCUCAGGAGACAAUAGAAGCUCUUCGGAAACCAACCUUUGACGUCUGGCUAUGGGAGCCCAAUGAGAUGCUGAGUUGUUUAGAACAUAUGUAUCAUGAUUUAGGAUUAGUGAAAGACUUUAACAUCAACCCUAUCACAUUGAAGCGAUGGCUGCUGUGUAUUCAUGACAAUUACAGAAACAAUCCAUUCCAUAAUUUUCGACAUUGCUUCUGCGUUACCCAGAUGAUGUACAGCAUGAUCUCUCUCUGCAGUCUCCAGGUAAAGCUUUCUCAAAUGGAUAUCUUAAUACUAAUGACUGCAUCAGUGUGUCAUGAUCUGGAUCACCCAGGAUAUAACAACACGUACCAAAUUAAUGCACGGACGGAGCUUGCUGUGCGCUACAAUGACAUUUCCCCGCUGGAGAACCAUCACUGUGCUGUGGCUUUCCAGAUCCUUGCGCAGCCAGAAUGCAACAUUUUGUCCCAUGUUGAUAAGGAGCAGUUCAAACGGAUUAGGCAGGGGAUAAUUACAUUAAUCCUAGCAACAGACAUGGCAAGGCACGCUGAAAUUUUGGACGCUUUCAAAGAAAUACUGGACAAGUUUGACUAUUCAAAUGAGGAGCACGUGACCCAGCUAAAGAUGGUCCUGAUCAAAUGCUGUGAUAUCUCCAAUGAAGUUCGCCCAAUGGAAGUGGCAGAGCCAUGGGUAGACUGCUUAUUAGAGGAGUAUUUUAUGCAGAGUGACCGGGAAAAGUCAGAAGGCCUUCCAGUGGCCCCUUUCAUGGACCGAGACAAAGUGACCAAACCUACAGCACAGAUAGGCUUCCUGAAGUUUGUUCUUAUCCCAAUGUUUGAAACUGUAACAAAGCUUUUUCCAGAGGUUGAAGAAGUAUUGCUCCAACCACUUUGGGAAUCCAGGGAUCGCUAUGAGGAGCUGAAGCAAAUAGAGGAUGCUGUGAAAGAGUUACAGAAGAAGAAGAACGAAAGUUUGGCAAUUGGAAGCAAGGAGAAGUGAAAAGCAAAGGCAAGGCACAUCAGGCAUUAUAAUGGACACAAAGAUCCUUUAGAGGUUUGCCAAGUCUAGCUAAGCAUCAUGGGAUUACACAGCACUGACGGAGGAUGAGACUGAACAGCUGACACUGCCACAAGCACUUUUUCCAAGUUCCUUUUUUAUAUAAAAAAAGAACCCUAGUAUUUAUCCUUAUGGAUGCAGACAAUAAGGAAUGUCUGCUGUUGUACAUUUUUUUAAAGAAAAAGUAAUCUUCUAAAUAAUAUAUUCUUAUACCAAAAAAUGGCUGCUGUAAUUAUUCUCUUUUUAAGAUUUUAUAUGUCUUCUUCUUUUUUUUAACUGCUUCUGGUUGUCAUAUGGAGAUGUAUUGGGGAAAAUUGUACUUUUUAAGCGAGUUGUUUUAGAAAUCUUUUAAAAUGUAGUUUUGUGUAGCGUUAAAGUAACAACAAUUUAUCUCAAUAUGUCUGUGUACGAUUUAGAAGUGUCACCUUGCCGAGGGAUUUGACAAAACCAAUAGCAAGCUGAGAAGCUUAAUGUUCUCUUCUCUGGUCAGCAACUAUUGGCCAGGAAAACCCUUCAGGAGGGAGGGCGAAAUGAUAGCCCAGUCCCUCAGCCCUGCCGCCCUAGUCCCUCUCUGCAUAUGCUGUUCCCCCUUUUGUUUUUGGAUCAGUAACUGAGGAGUACAGAUGAUGGUCCUUUAGAGAGACAAAUAUGGCCUACAGGUUUCCAGUUACCUUAUCCCUGAGCACUGAGAGAAUGGAAAAGGCCCCCAAGUAUGUUAUGAACAUGAAGCAGUUCCUGUUGCCAAAGCUUGACAGGUCUAGCACUGUAAACUGCUUGGAUAGGAACUCAAAUUUCAGACGAACCAGAACUAAGCUAAUCUGUGUUCCUUCUUGGAAGAGUGGAGUGAUAUUUUCACAAGUUUUUUUUUAUUUUACUUUAUUUACAUUUCCUGCAUCAUGUUCUGGUUUAAUGAAUGGGGCAUCUCAACUAAUCAGCUAACCGAAAACUCUGAUAAACUGACAUUAUAUUUGCCUACACAUACAUUGGCAAGAAUCUAGUCUAGAUUUGACUAGAUGCUAUGUACAACUGAGAUUUGUUUAAUGGCUCUAUAAUUAUUAUAUUUUUCUGUGGAGAAUAUACCAUACACCCAGUGCCUGAGAAGGGUCUGUGAUGGUGAAGGACUACUGGCAUGUGUUUUCCAUGCUUACAGUUUGAGAUUCAGUCUCUGAAACCUCCACAAUUAGAAGCGUUUUGAGAUGUAGAGCUAGGAAAAACUUUUGCAUGUGGCCUUCAAGACCUACUUGGGCAGAUUAAUACAGCACUUAAAUUCACAUGGCAGCUUUUAUUGGACAAAAGCUGGCAGCCAUUUUGUUUGGAUGGGAAUUGCUAAAGUUAAUGCUGACAGUGUGCCCUUUUAAUACUGAACAAUGAGAGUUUGGGAACAACGUAUCCAAUUGAAAUGGGCAUGGGUUGUUGCUCCCAGGUUACAGAAAGGAACGUUGGGCAUGAAGAAACUACAGUGGUACCUCAGUUUAAGAACUGUCCUGUUUACAAACGAUUCGGUUUACGAACUCUGCAAAACCGGAAAUAGUGUCCAGGUUUGCGAGCUUUACCUCAGUCUAAGAACGGAAUCCGAACGGUGGAAGGGCACCAGCGGUGGGAGGCCUCAUUAGGGAAGUGUGCCUCAGUUUAUGAAUGGUUUCGGAUUAAGAACGGACUUCCAGAAUGGAUUAAGUUCGUAAACUGAGGCACCACUGUAAUCUGGUUUGUGCAAGGUCCCCUAGAAAGCCUAUGACAGGGACAGGACUUAAGUGCCAGCAACUAGGGUGCCCUGAGCAUUCACAUUCAGACCCACAGAAGGAUUGUUGUGCAAAAGAGAGGACUGGGGAAUCCUACAUCUGGUGAAAUUUCCCCUUCUAUUCUCUUAGUUCUCCCAAAGUCUAGAGACACAUCAGUAUUCAAGUAUGAGCCAAGGGAGAUAUCCUUUGGUGCAACUUAUGGUCUUGUAUGCCUUCCACAGCAUCCUGUUGGAAAUGUACAUGAAAGUAAAGCACAAGACGCAAAAUGAAAGGUGUGGCUUAUGAAAGAUGCCUUGGAUUUGCUCUGGGAGAAAUGUAAGAAAUCCCGUUGCACCUCUAUGUACUAUUCAUGUAUGUAUAUGUUUUAAAUGGAGUGUGCACUGUAAUUUCUACAUAGGCUUUUGUUAGGUUGCUUUUAAAGUGAGUUUAUAAAUCUAGAGUAAUGCAUAAGGAAGGUGUUGCUAUCCAAGGAAGCUCGUGUCUCCGUUUGAAGGGCACAUGUACCCAAGCCAUAUGCCUGUGAGCUGCAGAGCUGCUUUCUGAGUCUCAGUUUGGAUUUUAAAAGAAAUUGUGUAGGUGGGUGCUCAGACUUUCUUCCAUGCAAAACAGGAGAUAUCUUGCUAACACUCAGGCUUCCCUUACCAAAGGAUCUCAGUGACUAACACCUGGCUCUCCAGCACUGAAUAAUAACCGUGCCACCUUUAAGUGUGACAAAACAUUUUGGAACAGCAAACCUUUACUCUUGUAUUGUUUGUGUGUAGAUGGUUUUUUCUUGGUGAUGAUAGCUCUCCAAUAUGUAUUUUGGGAGAGGGUCCAUUACUGCAUUUUGAUCCAUUUCUGUUGACCAGAAAUACUGUUCGACCUGCUUUGAAAUCCACAUGGGAUGUGGACAGGCAUCCUUAACCAGAGCUAGUAACUUUCUAAGCAUUCUUCUUCCUGAGUCACACAACUGAAGAAGCAAGCCGCAGAUGAAAUAUCUCUAGUUUAUUACAUGCUGUUUGAAGGCACCUGUUCAUUGAGUGAACAAAAUUUAUUAUUCCAAACUGUUGUAAUUUCUUUUUCAAACAGAAGUAGAAUAAAUCUGAUAUUGUCUUCAA